AGGAAACAUUUACGCACUGAGAUCAUGGACAUUAAUUCUGCGCGCUUCAUUUUUCACAUUAUAUGAGAAGAAUUUGUUCACAUAAACCUUUAGUAAAAUGUGGACAAUUCCGAAGCCAAAAUAUAGACGUGGUUUCUGCACCGAGGGAGAGAUUGCGGUGAACAUUGGCGGAGUCCAAACGGUGCUUUUCGGGGAUGUUUUGAACCGCUAUCCGGAGAGCAGACUAGCAGAGCUGCUGAACUGCUCAACUCAGAAUCCUGAACGUAUCUCGUCGCUCUGUGAUGACUUCGAUCCCUGCAGAAAGGAGUUUUACUUUGACCGAGAUCCCGAUGCCUUCAAGUGCAUUAUCGACGUUUACUACUUUGAUGAAAUCCACAUAAAAAGCGGCAUUUGUCCCAUCUGUUUCAUCAAGGAGAUGGAGUUUUGGAAAAUAGACCAGAGUGUUUUAGAUGAAUGCUGCAAAACCUACCUAAGUGAGAAGGAGGAGGAACUGAACGAGAUUGCCACGAAAGUGAAAUUUAUUCUGGAAGAUCUGGAGGUGGAUGAGUGCAUUGCGCGCCCCCAGAGGUGCCAGAGGUACCUGUGGAAACUGAUGGAGAAGCCGGGCUCCUCGCUGCCGGCGCGCAUCAUCGCCAUCGUGUCUUUCUUCUCUGUUUUGGUGUCGGCGUUGGUGAUGUGUGUGGGUACCAUCCCGGAGCUCCAGGUGACGGACGCCGAGGGGAAACUGGUGGAGCACCCGACCCUGGAGGCGAUCGAGUCUGCCUGCAUGUUAUGGUUCACCGCGGAGUACCUACUGCGUCUCGCCUCCUCUCCAGACAAGCUGCACUUUGCGCUCUCCUUCAUGAACAUCGUAGACUUCAUGGCCAUCAUGCCUUUCUACGUGGUCCUUUCCCUCACCUACCUUGGCACCUCAUCCAUGAUGGAGCUGGCUAAUGUCCAACAGGCUGUCCAGGCGCUCCGGAUCAUGCGUAUCGCGCGUAUUUUUAAGCUUGCGCGGCACUCCUCCGGGCUUCAGACUUUGACUUACGCGCUCAAAAAGAGUCUCAAAGAGCUGGGUCUGCUCCUCAUGUACAUGGGCGUGGGGAUCUUUGUCUUCUCAGCGCUGGCCUACACCAUGGAGCAAAGCCACCCGGAGACUCUGUUCAGGAGCAUCCCGCAGUCUUUCUGGUGGGCUAUCAUCACCAUGACCACAGUGGGUUAUGGCGACAUCUAUCCCAAAACCACUCUCGGCAAGUGCAACGCAGCCGUCAGCUUUCUCUGUGGGGUGAUAGCUAUCGCCUUGCCAAUCCACCCUAUCAUAAACAACUUUGUAGUCUUCUAUAAUAAACAGAAAGUAUUGGAGACUGCCGCGAAGCAUGAAGUGGAGCUGAUGGAACUGAAAUCUGGCAGGGAAGCGCGCAAAAAAAAACCCCAGCAAUUAAAGUGAGACUGUGGGUGACAUUACCAGCUUAACGGCAGAUCAUUUUUGUAGGAAAUAUGAAGAUCAGAAAGUCAUUUGUCCAAAUCUCAUGAGCCAAAACAAAAUCAAAACAUAAAACUCAAGUUAAUUUACAAAAUUCAGGAUGUCAUUAGACUGGAAUCCUAUUCCUGCCAGUUAAAGAAAAACAUAAAAGUUAGCCUUGAUUAGAAUGAAUAAAUAAUAUGAGACUUAUGAUCAUUUAUGAGAAACUAUGAGAUUAAAAGUCAUCAUUAUGAUAUGUUGACUUAACCCCUAACCUCAUCAUUCUGAAUGUUUUUAUCUCAUUUUUAUGACUUAAUUUAAUAAACACGAGUUUUUACCUGGUAUUUUACUUUCUAUUUCAAUUGAUUCAAUUGAUUCUGACUUUAGUCUCAUAAUUUAGAUUUUUUUAAAAUCUCAUGUGUAUUAAUUUAAUCAUAUGAUUUUGACUUUUUAAUUCAGUCUAGUACAAUUGAUCUUUUUUUUUUAUUCCAUGGUGCUUAGGUCAAGAACAAGAUCAUAAAUUAACAAGUUAAAUGAGUUUGUAUAUAAUGUAACCAGGUUUCAA